AUGUCAGCCGCUGUUAACUCCAAGUCCACUGGGAGAAAGGAUGCUUUAAGACUGAUUGCAGCAGAGACUCAAUCCCUUCUCCCCGGCGUUUUGGCGCUGAAACCCCAAGCUCCCGCAAAUGCGCACUACUACCCGCAUGCCAGGAUGCCAGCCCUGGAACCGAGGCAUAAUAACCCAAGGCUUACUACGAAAGUCGAAGUCUUAAGUGGGGACACUUUCGACGUGGCCCUCAGCCUUGAGAGCACUCCUUGUGUCUCCAACAGCACACAGGCGGUGCAUGUAUGCGUCUUAAAUAUGGCUAGCGAGAAACACGCGGGAGGGGGGUGGCUCAAUGGAGCUCUUGCCCAAGAAGAGGAGCUUUGUUAUCGAAGCAGUCUCAGUUCUACUCUCAAAAAGUCAUACUACCCCAUUGGAAAGCGCGACGCUAUCUACUCGCCUUCAGUUGUCGUCUUCCGAGAGAACAUCAACAACGGGCACAGGGUUAUGGAUUUAAGCAAGCCUGAACUUCUCCCUGUUGUUAGUGUGAUCAGCGUGGCUGCGGUAAGAAGGCCGCAACUUAAAAAAGGAGCGGCCUUGCCAAGAUACACAUAUGCCGCCGAUCGAGACCUAAUGAAAGACAAAAUGCGCUCUAUCCUUCGUGUCGCUAUAUAUAACAAGCAUCGAAAGCUUGUAUUGGGUGCUUUCGGCUGUGGAGCUUUUGGGAACCCAAAUAAUGAGGUCGCAGACUGCUGGGCGGAGGUUUUGCAAGAAGAGGAGUUUCAAGGCCGGUGGGAAACUCUUAUAUUUGCAGUGCUGGACAAUGUACCUGGAGGAGGGAAUAGAACCACUAAUUUUGAGGUUUUCCGCAAGAGGUUGCAUGGACUUGGGAUCUGA